GAAAAAAACAAGGAAGAAGAGAAAGGAGCUUUUUGGGCCUUGAAGUGCACCUCCUCCUCCCCCAUCUUCUCCCUUCUUCCUUCUUCCUUCUUCUCCAUCCUUGUUGCUCCAUAGAAAAACCAGAGACAGCUCCUCCUCGUCCUCGUCCUCCUCCUUCCUCCCGCAGAAACCAAGAAAGAAAGAGGAGGGGUGUUGAAAGAUCCAAUCUUUUGUGCCACCGCAGAGCAGUCGAUUCCCCUAUGAUCAUCAUCAUCAUCGUCAUCCUGUGGAGGUGAGGUGAGCAAGUUGUUUUAUUCCCUCUUCUCUCCUUUUGCAGAUCAGAUCAGAGGCUCUCUCCUUCUUCUUUAAGUUCAUGGUAGAGCAGGGAGCUUUCUCUAGCUCUGGUCAUGGAUUCUGGGAACAGUAGCGCGAGCUCGCAGUCCUCGGGCGGCGGCGACGACGAGCCGUACGCCUCCCGCGCCGACAUCUCCUCCCUCUUCAGCGCCGCCGCGUCCUCCGCCCACCACCACCAUCACCAGCAGCCGCCGUCGCUGCACCACCACCACCACCACCACCAGCUGAUGUUCGACCCGUCCUCCGUGCUGUCCAACUACUUCGACCCUUUGACCCGGUCGGCCCCGCCCGCGAGCCCGAGCCCGCUGCUGAACCUGGACGCCGCUUGGCCCAGGAGCCCGAGGCCCGACCCCGGCUGCGCCGAUCUCGGCGGCGUCCCGCCGCAGCAGCAGUCGCCUUUCCUGGGAUUCGGCAGAGGGCCGCCGCCCGGUGGCGGGGUGGCUCCGGUCCAGUUCCCUCUGGCGCAGGAGAGCCCGAAGUCGGUGCAAGGUCAGGCCGCGGCUCCGUCGGCCGCCGACAACGGCAACAACGCCGGGAGCGCCAACGCCCCUGUGCGGAAUCCGAAGAAGAGAUCGAGGGCGUCGAGGAGGGCGCCGACUACGGUGCUGACGACCGACACGACCAACUUCCGGGCCAUGGUACAGGAGUUCACCGGGAUCCCGGCGCCGCCGUUCGCGGCGUCGCCGUUCCAGAGGAGCCGUCUCGAUCUCUUCGGGACGGCGCUGCGAUCGGGCCACCUCGACGCAUCCUCGUCGCCGCCGCCACCGUAUCUCCUGAGGCCGUUUGCCCAGCGAUUCCAUCACCCUCCUCAGACCUCCUCGUCGACUCCGUCGUUUCUGGGUCCUUCGUCGAUGAUCGACGCCUUAGCUUCUUCUUCUCCGGCGGCGACAACUACUAACACCAACACCACCAGCAACGAAAACGUCACUUCUGGUAACAAUUCGGCGACGACCAACGCUGGCACUACUACUAAUGCAGCUCCUCCAUUGCCACUAGGCCUCUUGAAGCAUCCACAGAACCUGCUCAUCAACAUGAACGCUCAACACCCGAUUCUUGAUUUCGGGAACUCCCUCUUCCAAGCCUCUCUCAAGUAUCCUAACCUGCCCGGACCCUCCGCAAUGGACGGCGCAGCCACCGAUCAUCAUCCUCAUUCAAAUCUCCGAAUGGGGGCUUUGGAGGACUUUGGCUUGAGCCACACGGCAAGCAUUCGGCCGCCUUCGACCGAGAGAACCUUGACGGAGAACAACGACACGACUACAGCGGCGACGAACUGGAGCGACAGAGGAGUCGGGGAGGGCGGCGAUCACCAUCAGAGAUUACUGAGCUCUCUCGGUGGUGGCGGCGGAGGCGCCGGCAAUUACGGCAACGAUGAGGAUCAUCCUCGGAGACCGACGAACGGGAGGGUUUUCACCUACUCGGGCAACGACAACCCCUCGGCCCCGGACCGUUUCCACGGCGAUAGAGGCCCGGAGGCCGCGGCCAUCAACGCGAGGAGCGAAGGUAUGGUCGAGUCGUGGAUUUGCUCGUCGGAUUAAAGCUGAUUAUAGGAUUGAUAUAAUCACCAACACCAUUCUCUCUAAAGACAGUUUAAGAAAUCAAGAACAGGAGGUAGGGAAUUUUUACGCAUAUUACGAUGAACAGAUGAUCGAACCGAUGAUGGCAGAGGGACGUAGCUGAGGAAUGUGAUACAAUCCCCAUGCAUAAUGUUUCCCUCCCAAAAAAAAAGAAAAAAAAAUAUGAACAUCACACGAAUAUAGUUUUACUUCUUUUUUUCCUUCUGGGGUUUUCCUGUUCUUCUUUUCGCUUGUGAUUAUUAUCUGUAAAUGAUAGCAUCUUGGCUUGAAUCCAAUCUCAUUCUUCCUAUCU